AUGUAUUGCAGCCUGCAGUCAGUUCGCUGUGGUUGUCUAUGCUGAUUGUGAGUGGCUCAUAAACUCGCAGAUUGGUUUGUGCGAUUGUCCUUAUUUAAUGUUAACGCGUUAACGGCAUUAAUAACAGUCACUCGUGCUAAGUGUUUCAAAUGUGCUCAAGGAUUUAAUCCAUUCAUAAGUCGUUCAAUUAAAUUUAAACUAUUUAAAUUAUUGCCAAUAAACUAGCGUUUUUAGUAUAUUGGUUAAGGAUAUUAGGACAUGUUAAUGUUACCAAAGUGCUAGUGCUAGGUUGCUAUCAGAAAACAUAAUGGAAAAUUUUUGCGGAUCAGAAUUUUGGAAUUUAAGUCUAACAUGGAAUACUGACGAUCCAGAUUUUACAAAAUGCUUUGAACAGACUGUCUUGAUAUGGGUCCCUUGCUUGUUCUUAUGGAUCUUCACAAGUUUAGAAGUUUUUUACAUAGCCAAUAGUAAAAAUCAAGAUAUUCCUUGGAGUAUUAUAAAUAUAUUAAAACUAUUAACUACCGGUGCUUUAAUAGUAUUGACAAUCACGGAUUUGAUAACUACAAUAAGUAAUAGUGGUGAAGAAAAUCCUAUUUAUAAUGUGGACAUUUCAACCCCAGUGAUAAAACUUUUAAGCUUUAUAUUAUCAGCAAUACUUGUUUAUUAUAAUAAAAAGCAUGGAUUACGGGCAUCAGGAUUGUUGUUUUUAUUUUGGUUUUUCUUACUAUUAUGUGGAAUUCCACAGUUUAGGACGGAAAUUCGUGAAUUUAAAUCAGAGCAUUCUGAUACCAACUAUGUAAACAUAAGUUACUUAAUUUACUUUUGUCUAGUCAUUAUAAUGUUUUUAUUAAAUUGCUUUGCUGACAAAGAGCCCAGGAAGACAAAAUAUCCUAAAUCACAGAAUCCAUGUCCAGAAGAUGGCAGUAGUUUUCUUUCACGUCUUACCUUUAAUUGGUUUCAUGCUUUAGCAUUGAAAGGUUACAGACAUCCUUUGGAGGUCUCAGAUUUGUGGGAUAUGAAACAUGAAGAUGGUGCCCAGGAAGUUGUGCCAAUUUUUGAUAAAUAUUGGCAAAAGAGCUUGCAGAAAAUUGAAGGGUUGCAUCAUACACGAGCUUCCUUCAAAGGGGAUUCAGCAAGUGUUAAUUUUAUAGACGUUUCUAAGAAGAAAAAGAAGGCAUCUGUUUUACCGGCUCUUGUGAAAGCAUUUGGACCAACAUUUCUGUUUGGAGCAUUACUUAAAUUAUUUCAAGAUAUUCUAACAUUUGCUAGUCCUCAGAUAUUAAAGUUACUUAUCGAUUUCGUAAAAAAUAAAGAAUCUCAAUGGAAAGGUUACCUUUACGUUAUAUUAUUGUUCGCUACUGCUACGAUCCAAACGCUCAUACUUUCGCAGUAUUUUAACAGAAUGUUUAUAGUAGGCAUGCGUAUCCGUACUGCCCUUAUAUCAGCAAUUUAUCGGAAAGCCUUGCGCAUGUCUAACACGUCCAAAAAAGAGACCACCGUUGGCGAAAUUGUGAAUCUAAUGUCAGUGGAUGCACAAAAGUUUAUCGAUCUCACUGCUUAUUUAAAUAUGCUUUGGUCUGCACCUUUACAAAUUGUACUUGCCUUAUAUUUCCUAUGGGACAUCCUAGGACCGUCUGUGUUAGCUGGUCUGGCUGUGAUGGUUGUUCUUAUACCUGUAAAUGGAUUUAUAGCUAAUAAGGCCAAAGUUCUUCAAAUUAAACAAAUGAAAAAUAAAGACGAACGAGUAAAAUUGAUGAACGAAGUACUUAGUGGCAUUAAGGUACUUAAAUUAUAUGCGUGGGAACCGAGCUUUGAAGAGCAAGUACUUAAAAUAAGGGGAAAGGAAAUAAACGUGCUCAAAAAAGCUGCUUAUCUUAAUGCUGGUACUUCUUUUAUUUGGUCUUGUGCGCCGUUUUUGGUAACAAUGCUUACUUUCGUGGUUUAUGUUUGUUCUGAUGAUAGUAAUACGCUGACGCCACAGAAGGCAUUUGUAUCUUUGACAUUAUUUGCCAUUAUGCAAAUGCCUAUGUCAUUUCUACCGAUGCUACUAGUUUAUGCUAUUGAGACGUGGGUAUCUGUUAAAAGAAUAAAUAAAUUUAUGAAUGCCGAAGAACUUGAUCCUAAUAAUGUUCAACAUGAUCCAUCUGAAACAUCUCCGAUAGUCAUUGAGAAUGGAAGUUUCGAUUGGGGUGAAGAUCCUAUUCUGAGUGAUAUAAAUCUUCGCAUUGAUAAAAAAGAACUCAUCGCUGUUGUAGGAACUGUUGGGUCGGGCAAGAGUAGUUUAAUUUCGGCAAUUGUGGGCGAAAUGAAUAAAAUAAAAGGUCGUGUUAACACUAUCGGACAAAUCGCUUAUGUUCCCCAACAAGCUUGGAUACAAAAUGCCACUUUAAGAGAUAAUAUUCUGUUUGGAAAGGAAUAUAAUGAGAAAUAUUACGAUUCAGUCGUAGAAGCAUGCGCUCUGAAGCCUGAUUUCAGCAUGCUCCCAGCCGGUGAUCAGACUGAAAUCGGUGAAAAGGGUAUAAAUUUAUCAGGAGGUCAAAAACAAAGAGUUAGUUUGGCCAGGGCUGUGUAUGCAAGAGCCGAAAUUUAUUUGUUGGACGAUCCCUUGAGUGCAGUGGACAGUCACGUUGGUAAACAUAUUUUUGAGAAGGUUAUAGGUCCUCAAGGCUUGUUGAAGGAUAAAACUAGAAUUCUUGUUACACAUAGUAUUACUUACUUGCCCGAAGUAGACCGAAUAGUUGUCAUAAAGGAUGGUAGGGUGUCUGAGACAGGGACGUAUAGAGAAUUGUUAGACAGUAAGGAAGCGUUUGCAGAGUUUCUGAAUCAACACAUGGCAGAAGUUUCCGACGAGGAAGUUGAAGAAGAUGUGGACGAAUUAAAAAAGCUGUCUACUGGUGCCCCUGUUGAAUCUCUUCGUAAACUGUCUCGUCAUUCAUCUAGAACUGAAUCAACACCUGACCGAGCAAACGGUAGCUUGACUCGACAAAGAUCAGUCGACAGUUCCGUAGAAAAAAGUAUUCGCAACAGGUCACAAUCUAAUGAAUCUAUUAUAAGAAGCAAACAAGAUUUGGUGGGGGAAAAGUUGAUCGAAGUUGAAAAGGCCGAAACGGGUAGCGUCAAAUGGGCCGUCUAUAAACACUAUCUAAAGUCAAUCGGAGUAUUGCUGACUGUUGCUACAAUUGUAUUGAAUAUAAUUUACCAGUUCUUUAAUAUUGGUUCUAAUUUCUGGUUGAGUAUUUGGUCAAACGACAACAGCACUAACAUAAACGGUACUGUGGAUGCUACCAAACGAGAUACCUAUUUAGGAGUGUAUGGUGCUUUAGGUAUUGGACAAGCGAUUUCAAUAUUUUUAUCAUCAUUGGCAUUAUUUGUCGGGUCACUGAAUGGGGCUUUCGUAUUACAUAAUUAUUUACUGUAUAGUGUUAUUCGAAGCUCUUGCAAUAUGUUUUAUGACGUUACACCAGUGGGAAGGAUUUUGAAUCGAUUUUCUAAAGAUGUUGAUGUGUUGGAUAGUGUUCUACCAAUGACGAUAAGAGCUUGGCUUAAUUGUUUUCUUGGGGUUUUGGCUACUAUAUUGGUUAUCAGCAUAACAACCCCAAUAUUCAUAUCUGUAAUAGUGCCUAUUGGCAUUUUUUACUAUUUUAUUCAAAGAUUCUAUGUAGCGACCUCUCGACAAUUGAAGAGAUUAGAAUCAGUAUCCCGUUCUCCAAUAUACUCACAUUUUGGCGAAACUGUGGCAGGGAUACCUUGUAUACGGGCCUAUGGAGAACAAGAACGAUUCAUUAAGGAAUCUGAAGCUAAAGUUGAUCUUAAUCAAGUUUGUUAUUUUCCCAGUAUUAUUUCAAAUCGAUGGUUAGCUGUGAGACUAGAAAUGGUGGGCAACUUAAUUAUAUUAUUUGCUGCUUUAUUCGCUGUUCAAGGAAAUCAAAACGCUGGGUUGGUCGGUUUAUCGAUCAGUUACGCCUUGCAGAUUACUCAAACAUUGAAUUGGCUCGUCCGUAUGACGUCAGAUGUUGAAACUAACAUUGUGGCUGUAGAAAGAAUAAAAGAAUAUGGCGAAACUCCUCAGGAAGCACCUUGGGAAAUACCUAACAAAACGCCACCCAAAUCUUGGCCUGAUCAGGGUGCAGUGUCAUUUAAUAAUUAUUCUCUUCGUUAUCGUCCUGGUUUAGAAUUGGUUCUUAAAAGGAUAACAUUUUCUGUAAAAGGUGGAGAAAAAGUAGGUAUUGUUGGACGGACAGGAGCUGGAAAAUCCAGUCUAACGUUGGCCUUAUUUAGGAUAGUGGAAGCAGCAGAAGGAGAAAUUACCAUUGAUGGUAUAAGGAUUGCUGAAUUAGGCCUGCAUGAUCUAAGGUCGCGAUUAACUAUUAUUCCUCAAGAUGCAGUGCUUUUCUCAGGUUCCCUAAGAAUGAAUUUGGAUCCAUUUAAUAAACAUUCGGACGAAGACGUUUGGAGAGCUUUGGAAUUUGCACAUUUGAAAAGUUUCGUAAAAGGACUUCCUGCUGGCCUGAAUCAUGAAGUAACUGAAGGGGGAGAGAACUUAUCUGUGGGUCAAAGACAAUUGAUUUGUUUGAGUCGGGCUCUACUGAGAAAAACGAAAGUGUUAGUUUUGGAUGAAGCAACUGCUGCUGUUGAUUUAGAAACGGACGAUUUGAUCCAACAAACUAUAAGAACAGAAUUUAAAGAUUGCACGGUCCUUACUAUUGCACAUAGAUUGAACACGAUUAUGGAUUCUGACAGGGUUAUAGUUUUGGAUAAAGGUUGCGUUAUGGAAUUUGAUACGCCUAAGAAUUUGAUGUAUAAUAAACAGUCUAUUUUUUAUGGAAUGGCCAAGGACGCCGGUUUGGAAAAGUAUCAGUUUCCAGAAACAUAAUGAAAUUUACUUUAGUAGACCUUAAAAAAA